AUGAAGACCUUAGUUUCUGAGGCUCUCUUCCUGCUGAUCCUGGGCAACCUUGCUAUGAUCAGGUAUCCAAAGGAUGAGUGUGGAUGUCAGGAGUGGAAAAUGGUGGAUUUCACCCCUGAGGCUGCAGCACAGAAAAGUUCACAUUCCCUGAGCUAUUUGCAAACUCUCCUCACCUGGCCUGACCUCCUGGAGCCUCACUUCAUCCUUGGUGUCUACUUGGAUGACAUUCAUAUUGAGAAGUUCAACACCAGAGAAGAGACUCCAAGGCUGGAGCACUGUGCACCUUGGCUGGAUCAUCAGCAGCCAGAAUACUGGGAGAAGGAGACAAUGGGCAUCCUGAGACUAAUUUCCUUCUACAGCGAUUUACUGAAGAAAGUGCUACACCUCUACAAUCAAAGUGAAACUGGAUAUCACACAGUGCAGAUCCUGGUGGCCUGCCAUGUGCUGCCUGGACAGAAAUUUAGCCGUGGACAAUGUAAAUUAAUCUUCAACGGCCAUGAUCACCUCACACUAAAUGAGGACCUGAGCUCUUGGACUGUAGUUGGCAAGGCAGCUGAGAUCCUGAUGCAAGAGUGGGAGGAGACACAAUUUUCAAAAACUAUGAAGCCUCUUCUAAAGAAUAAUUGUGUGUACCUCCUCCUCAAACAGCUGGACUAUGGGAAGGAGUUUCUGCUGAGGACAGACAUCCCGAAAUUACAUGUGACUCAUAAUGUCAGAGCUAAUGGGAAUAUCACUCUAAGGUGCUGGGCCCUGGAUUUCUACCCUGCUGAGAUCUCCCUGACCUGGCAGAGGGAUGGGAGCAACCAGGAUCUGUACAUGGAGGUGAUAGAGACCAGGCCUGCAGGAGAUGGAACCUUCCAGAAGUGGGCAGCUGUGGUGGUGUCUCCUGGGGAGGAGCAGAGAUUCACAUGUCAUGUACAGCAUGAGGGGCUGCCUGAGCCCCUCACCCUGAGAUGGGAGCCUCCUCAGCCCGCUGGCCCCACCAUCACAAUUGUUACUGGCCUGGUUCUUGGAGCUGUGCUUAUGGGAGCUGUGUGA